AUGACCCAACCAAAAACGUACCUCGACAUCGUCAAGGAAUGCGACAACUUCCCCUACGAAACCGAAAACCCUGCCCUGUACAGCUUGCACCUAGAAAACUACUAUUCCUUCAAAGUCGCCGGGUACACCGAGGUGCUCGGCCACGUACCAAAGUACAUAAUCCGCGCCUUUGCAUUUCCCGACGGAUGGCUUGUCGACCAUGAGAGGCAGGAACUUAUCCUCGCGCCCGCGCUCGAUAAUAGCCUCACCGAGAGCGAAAAGGCGCAACGACGUACAGCGCUCAUGGAAUCGACACUAAAGUCCAUGUCCCAGACGCCCACACGCCGGGAAUUCCUCGCUCUCGCGCGGAAAUGGCGGAAUGAGACGUUUCCCAUCUACAGCACGACCACCCCCGGCAAGUCCAAGAUCCGCCUCCUCGAAAUCGAACGCUCCGCCAGUGCCCUCUUUGGUAUCCUCACGAGCGGCGUGCAACUUACCGCGUACACGACGGACCCAGUCACGAACGAACUAAAGAUCUGGAUCGCGCGCCGGUCACGCAAGAAGCAGACGUAUGCCGGGAUGUUGGAUAGUGCGGCGGCGGGCGGACUGGAGAGUGGGAUGAAUCCGUUGGAAGGGGUUGUCCGCGAGGCGGUUGAGGAGGCGAGUCUGGGUGAGAAUGUUGUGCGAAAGGGGGUUAGGUGUGUUGGGGCGCUGAGUUAUUAUCAUGUUAUGCCCCCGUCACCAUCGUCUCCAUCUCUGACUGAGCCUGUGAGUGACGGAAUGAAGGAUGGAGAGGAAGAAGUCGGCUUCCUCCAGCCCGAAAUCGAGUACAUCUACGAGCUGCACCUCGACUCAACCACGCAACCCAAACCUGGUGACUCGGAGGUCGAGGGGUUUUAUCUUUGGGGCGUGGAGGAGGUCAAAGCCGCGCUGUUGCGUGGGGAGUUUAAACUGAAUAGUGCGAUUGUGGUGAUCGAUUUCUUUGUGAGGCAUGGGGUGAUCACGGCGGAGAAUGAGAGUGAUUAUGUGGAGAUUGUAUGUCGGCUGCAUCGGAGGUUGUGA